AGUGUUACUAAACCCACAACAGUAAAAUCAGUCUGUAUAUGCAGUAAAGCAUACUUGUUAUACUCACUGUGGAACCUAAGGGUUAAUCCUCCAUAUUGUGUAAAAAGGCUGUGUGAUCCUGUCUUCUCUGAUCCUCCCCUUCUUAUGCUGUCCCCAAUCCAUCUGCUGAUAGUACAGAGCCGUGGGGGCAAACUGCACAUGGUCAGUUUAGUGUGUAUUGCUAGAGAGUUUUUUUUUUCUUGGGAGGGUGCAUGUGAUCAGCACAGCACCAAUCAGCACUCUGCAGACAGAGGCUCAGGG